AUGCCGAAAUGGAAAUCUGCCCCGUUUUGGCCUAUGUUGGUCAACAAAGAAGGAUUAGGAUUAGACGAGAGAGUACAGAGUGUAGCACUGGACAGUGGAGUUAAAUUUGCCAGUUAUUUGGACGACCUUUGUCUCUAUAUGAAAGUUCUUGUCUUAUCAAAAAAGUUGACACAAUAUUUCACUGUUUUCUUUUCAGAUUUAGAUGGACCCCUCUUAUAUAUCAAUGACAAAAUAAAAAGUUAUAUCGAGUUGACAGAAUACGCGCCAUUGAGAAUAUCGUGCCAAGUGGAUGGAAACCCCGCCCCCACAAUACGUCUCAGUAGGGGUCAGGCAGACACUGAACUCGAUGAGAGGAAGGGGACAUGGCUGAACUAUACCAUAGACACGGCUCAAUGUACCCACACAGACACGUAUAGAUGUAGCGGGAGAUCUACAGGAUUAAACAUCACAGAAAAAGUGAUAAACAUCAACGUUCUAUGUUACACCAGUUUUGAUUGCGGAGGUAAUUUCAAAUCCAUAUUUAGUUCCAAGAGUGGAAUAGACACCAAAGUAAAUGUGGCUGUUCCAAUUAUUGCUAACCCGCCUCCACGGGCAUCUGACUUCAAGUGGGACGGUCCUGUACCAGUGUCUGUUAGGACAACUAUUUCUAGAGGAGAGUUGACUUACAAACACCUAAUUAGAAGUUCUAUCCCAGUCAAAGAUCGGAAUUAUUUUGGAAACUACACACUGUCGUACAAUGGGCAAAUAAUCACUAAAAUAACAAUCAACCCGGAAGAAAUUUCCAAUUUGAAAACAACAGAUGAGACAUCGAUAUUAUAUAUUGCUGCAAUCUCUCUGCUUUCUGUUCUGUUGGGAUUUACAUGGCUAAUUGUGGCUUCGUGUGUCAUAAGUAAGAGACGGUAUCGCAAUAUUAACCAGAACAAUAAACAUGGCGGAAAAAGCAUACAACUUGAAUCGCAAAAUAUGACACAUCACGAUGAUGAACACGGUACGGUUGUAGCCGCACUUGACAAUAUGACACAGCAUUACGAUUAUGUGAAGGAUACAGCUGAAGAAGAGAAGUACACGAACGCUAUUAGAAAACACUCAGUUUUAGAUGGGGGUUACACAGAACUAGGUCUACGUGACCAAGAAACUUUUUAUGAGGAGUUAAAGGAAUGAAAAUUGACUCUGUUAAUGAGAAAUAAAAUCUAGAAGACGUUACAUACAAAAAAGAGGUGUAAGGCCCACAAAACUCACCUGAAAAGGAAAAUCUUUAAUACAAUUCGCUUUAUGGAGUAAUUUAAAAAAUAUCUGGAUACUUUGAUAUAAUCAGUCCUGUAUCAAAUUAUUUUUUUCUCCAAACAUUUAAUGUUAAAUAUGCCCCCCCCCUUUUUUUACAGGAUUUUUCACUAGUAAAAUUUGAUUACUCUUCUCAAAAUAAUUGCAUGCCUUAUUUCUUACUUUUAUUAUUAUAAUUAUUAUUAUUAUAUUCAUAUUUAUUCCUAUUUUCAAAUUUUGCUUUGAAAGAACGCAGUAAUCAUUGACAACAAUCCAUACAAUGUAAUCUACCUAAUUGUUUAAGAUAAAAGAUAAACAGUUUUCUACCGCAAACUAAAACCUUAACCAUGUAAAUAUAAUGAAUUCAAAAUAAGUGAUUUCGACAUCAUUAAUUCACAAACAUGAAACAGCAGUUUGUUACUUUUAACAAGUGUGUAUAGAUUAGCUGACGAAGUUAAAUUACCGCACGAUUUAUGAUUUUCUCGUCGAUACACUUUAAAGCUAGUCUUGUCACUAUCAAAAUUCAAACAUUAUUUUGAGCCUCAUGUUUCUGUGUAUGUAUCAGUGCAUACAGCAUAAUUCCAUAUUGUUUUGAAUGACUUGUAAACUAUGUCUUCCGAUCGUAUCAUAAUGUGUCCCAAAUUAAAACACUGCAAAACAAAUCAUUGUGUUUUACAUAUGUAGAUUCUGUACAAUGCAAGUCGGUAAAUGAAGAUUUUGAUAUUCAUAUCUUGAUUCCAAACUUUUUUUGGCUUUUAUUUGCAUUCAGUUUUAUCAUUGCAAGUUUUAUUGUUUUAUUAAACAAUUUUACAAUAAAACAUGAAUGUAACAUAAGACAUAUAUUGCAAUGCAAAAGUAAACGUCAUAAAAAUGUAUCAA